AUGGCGACUACAUUUCCUCUUCUCCGUCUUCCGUACCUCGUGCUUAUGCCUGUCUUGGAACACAUGGAAUUUAUGGACAAAAUCGCACUCUCUAUUCUUUCCAAACGAGCCAGAAUGUACGUGAAACUACUCAAAAUGAAGUGUAAGCGUAUCAAUUUAAUACUGAAGGAUAACAAAAUCGAGAUGAUAGUGUUUUUUGAAAUUAGUAAAGAAUUGAGAGUGGAUAUGUAUAUUGACGUAUUGCAACGAAGCAAUUUCAUAUUUAGAUAUAAACAGUUUGUUUCAUGGUGCGACGGUAGUCUACUUCCAGUGGACUACGUCCUUUCAAUUAUGGACGUCACUCACUGCAAGUCGAUCUAUCAUUUCGUUGUCUCUGAAAUUUCUGAACACGAUAGCAUCCCAAUCAUCGCAAAACUAGCAAAAAUUGAUGAAGUCGUUGUUGAAUUCGAUUGGUCCUCAAAACGUAUUUCUUAUGAAGCUUUAUUUCAAAAAGAAAGACAACUUCUCAGAGUUCUGAGAACUGUUUUUCCAGUAUCUUCUGCAGUUUUUAUUACCUAUCAAUUCCAAAACCGCAAUCACCUCAGAGAAAUUCUCAAAGGGAAUUUGGACGCCGUGAUUUUAAAGAAUUCCGACAAUUGGAUUAAUCUUAAUGACUUGUGGAUUACAAACGCUAGGACACUUGAGAUUCAUACACAAACGCUUAACGUGAGAGACCUGAACCGUUAUUUCAAAUUGUGGAUGAAGAAAAUAUGUAAUGAUCGACUGGAAUACUUGGAAGUGAGAAUAUAUGAUAAGAUCAGUGUGGAUCUUCUCCUGAAUGGACUCAACGCUGUUCCAGUUCCAAUUGAAACAAAGAGAGAAUUCCGGGUUUUGGGAAAUCUGAAACAGGUGUGUUGGUAUGAGAACAUUACUGCCGAAUUUGAUAUAACAAGAGCCGACGGGAAAACUGCAACAAUCAGACUCAAUGGAUAUGACUAUAUUCACUUCUACGUUUGGCCAGAAUCUACUAAUCUUGUGCCAAAUCAGUCUUCACUCAUUUCUACGACAAGCAUAAGCACGGGGUACGGAAGACAGAGAAGAGGAAAUGCAGUCGUCAUCUCGGUAGAAGGAGUGGAAAUGCAGAAUGAGGAGGAAUCAAUGAAUGAGGAAUGUAAAUCUGGUACAGUAGAGAAGUUUCAAGAACAUUCUGGCUCGUUUGGAGAGAAUCAAAAGUGCGAUUCUGAAGAAAAGACGUGUAAAGUGUUUGCUUACCAAAUAAUGUGUUUCGAUGACGAGCCAAUGGACUUGGUCGAGGAGGAGAACAACGGAGAAAUGGAAAAAGGGCUCAUAGUCUAUUAA